UUGACAUUGAUGCAGUCGCGACAUACUUGACGAUACUCCAUUCAGUAAGUUUAGUGCUUCUUUUUGUGAAAACGGUCACCAGGAUAUUCAUCUUGAAGAAAACUGAAAAUUGCUGCCAGAAGAAAGAACAUUUAAGAAAACAAGUAAAAUAGAGUGAGCACAAAAAUUGGACAAGAUAGUGAGUGGAUUAAUUGUGAGAGAUAUCGUUUGCUCUAGCAAAUCCACCAUGACUUCUAGCCAGUGGUCAUUGUCAAAAUUCACCAUUCCAAAGAAGAAAAGAGGAUCUGGAAAUGUUUUUUUGGAAGACUGUCAUAAAGAUCACCGGGAGUAUACCUGUAUCAGAACAAUUAUAAAUGAAUCAAGGCUUGACUUCAAUUAUGAAUUUUUUUCUACAUUAAAGUGCCAGGAUUUCAAAAUGGUUCACAAUAAACAACUAGCAAUAGAAUAUCUUGAUAAAAGGACAAUAAUGCGUUCGAAUGGCAGACAAGGAAGAGAGAUGGAAGAAAGGUUUUGUUUCUUGGUGACCACCGGCAGCGAAGCUUUUCAAAUGUACACAGAAGGAGUGAAAAUAGAUACUACAGGCCCACAUACACUGGGGAAUCCCAAAUAUGGCAUUUAUUUACACAGACAUGUAGAUGUGGCACUAAAACAAGCUUUACAAAAAACAAUUUCAGUUGAAAAAAUUGUGGUCUUUAAGGUAAUAUUUGGUAAAGUCAAAAAGGUUCAUCCUUGCCUUGGGAAAAAAACUCCCCCAGAUCCAACCAUAGGUUUCGAUUCUCAUUUGCCUAAAGGUCGAGUCACCACUAAAGACAGCCUCCACCAACAAGUCAUUCAGUCAUCAAUUUACUUGUUUGACUGCAGUAAAGAAGCAGAAUUUUUAAACAGGCCUCGCCAGUGCUUGCCAUAUGCAGUUAUCUCAGUUGGAAGGAUGAUAACCAGUGACACAUUAAAGUCAUUAUUGCCUCUGGAACAGCAGUCUUCCAUAAGAGUGUAUAAAAAAAGAACAGAAUUCCUUCAAGAUUCAAGACCUCUUCUUUCAGAUUCUUCAAAACUUACAAAUAUUACAGUGGCAGAGAGAAGGGGAAGAGGUCAGAAUGCGACCGUUACUUUUAAACACUUUGGAAACUACCGGUUUUCUGAAAACACACAAGUCAGUGAAACUGCUAAGGCACACAUGUCUUUCUCUGGAAGGUGUAAAGACACAACCUUGUUGCAAAAAUCUCAAAAUGUAGAAAAUGAAGUUAGUGGAUUUUUUCAACCAAAUUUUAGUCUUAACGCAGAUCAGCAACCAACCGCUUUACGUGCGGUUAGCGUUUCUUCUGGACUGACACCGUUUGCAAAUUAUAAAUAUGAAAAUUCCCUGAAAAGCUUCUUCAAUGUGCCUACACUAAACAUGAUGAAUAAAGCUUGUCAGGAAUCAAAUGCCUGUAGAUCUAAAACAGUUCCUGUUACUGUAAAUGAGGAAUCAAGUUCUAAAAAUGGUGUUUUCCCAAAUUAUUGUUACCAGCAUCUAAGCAACAGCAUUUCUGUAGUUUCUUCCAAACUUGUUAAAGAUCCAAGGUCAUUAAGCAAAACAAAAGAAAACCUUUUGGUCCUGACAACAUCAAAUACUGAAAAUGAAACCAAACAGAGUAUUCGCACCAAAGUGAAUAAACAGAAUGAAAGUAAAAUGGUCCAGGAAAAAAAUAAAAAAAACACCCAUAUCACAUCACAAAUAGAUAAGUCAGAAAUCUGUAGUGUGAAGUCUUUUGAAAACGAGCCAUCUAUACCUAUGCUAAAAGAAAAAUUUCAAAAAUAUUCUGCUUAUCUUGAUUUAUCCAAGGAAGAGAGAUUAGCUAGAAUUCAUUCAUUGAACAAUGUGUCAGAUGCUGAAAAGAAACUCCUGUAUGACAGGAUCCACUAUUAUGAUAAGUAUUAUAAGACAUUUUCAAAUUAUUGGUCUAAGAAUUGUAUUUCCUUGGUAUCCUUAAGACAAAAUUCUGUUAAAAGUGGUCAUCAGGAAGAUGAUAAAUAUUUACAGAAUUCUGUUAAGCAUUUAAAGAGAAGCAAUGUUCAGAAACAGCUGUGUGCUGUAAAACAGGUAAAGAAACUCGAGCAAGAUGCUGCAAAAAUCCGUAAUGAGUUUUUGACAGAGUCUACAUUUUUGGACAAAAAUGGUAACUGUACAGAGAUCCAGCUUCAUAAACAGCCCAGCGCCUCAAAAGAUAAUAAUGAAGUAACAUCCUUUAAAGAAAUAAUAUGCAAAGCUCUGAGAGAUGAAAUUGUUCAAGUGCCUUCAACAAACUGUACUGAUGUUAAAACACAGGAUGCUUGCUUAUUGGUAGACAAUGAACUUGCAGAUUCUUAUGCUGAACAACUAUUUUGCUUGAAUGAUGAUAAUGAUGAAUCUUUAAUACACUUCACAGAAGACAACUACAUUGAGCAUUACGAAGAACUGUAUGCAGGUGAUGAUUUUGAACCAAGGCUGUAUAAUGUAACAGAUGUUUCAAAUGUAGUUCCACAGCCUAGUUUACAAGAUACUACAUGUGAAGACAGCAUAAAUGAAUACUAUAACAAAGAGGUAGUGACCUGUUCUGAAUCAGUUUAUAUGUUGUUACAUAAUCGACUAUUUGAGAAUAGUCAGUGUGACGUAAAACUAGACUCAGACCAUGCCAUUAAUAAAGAUGACACUUUGCAGUCCAGCAAAAUGUCUUUAUUAUCUGUCAAAACCACCCAGUUGUACUUGUGCAGUCAAUCUGAAAAUGGUUUCCAAAUCACCAUAAUAAAUGAUGCUAAAGGAAGCUGUUGCAGUGGACCUCAAACUAGGAAACAUUCUGAGAAUCAAACUUUUUUGGGUCUGGCCCAAAAUGCAAAUAGCAGUCCAGAAGGAAUCACACUUCAUGGCACAUACAAUCAGUUUACAGAGGAAAUUUACAGUGCAGAUACUUUGGAAGAUGAACAUCAUAUUAUGUUGUCAGUUUCAGGUAAUGUGAGUGUAGACAAUACAGUCAAUGUACAGAAUAUGAAAAAAAGGGAAAAAUUGGUCAUUGCAAAUGAUGAGAGGAGAACCAGUACAUCUAACGAUGCUUUUGCCAGUUGCAGUAAAAAUAAGAGAAGCACUAAUUUAAUGGACUCUGUUGUUAAAGUAGCAAACUCUACUUUUAAAGAAAGACACAUUAACAAACUAAAUAAAAAUAUGGCAUCUACAACGGUCUGUAGAAAUACAUCUGUUUUGGAAAAUACAAAAAGUAAUUAUCCUUUUGAACAUGAAAAAUGUCGUUUGGAGAAGAAAAUGGAUACAACUUCUAAACAUGGGUGUCGUGUCCCUGAAAAUGAAAAAUUGCAUUUUGAAUGUUUUCCUGUAAUGAUUGAAAGUGAAAGUGAAUUCACUGCAAAAUGUGACAAAGGCCUUCAAAAAAAUCAAUCCUAUGAAAUGUUAAAGCCUUUUAGAUCACUGAAAGAAACAAAAUUGAAAUGUGAGGUACAAUUUCAUAAAAAGAAUCGAGCACCAGCUGAAAUAAAUGCAUCAGCAAAUGAUGUAAAUUCUGCCUUUACUAGUGUAUUUAAAACAGUGACUACAGAAACACCAAGUCAAGUCAGUGAAGGUGUUUCUCUUCCACAUGGAGAAAUAUGUAACAUUACCUCAGGAGGGACAAGAUUGGGCCUAACUGGUAAAAGGAAAGAACAAAAAACUAGACAUUUCCAUACUUCAGGCUGUGCCAUUGUGUCUACUAAAAACAGAAAUCUGCCAUCAGAAAGGAAAAAAAGAACACGUUCUACAGUUAACUUGAAGACAGUUUCAGAAACUGAGAUGUAUUCCAAAGGUUCUAAUAAAAGGAGGAAGGAAGGUGACAACUAUAUGCAAGCACCUGCAAACUCGGAAUUGCUUUAUGCACAGAAGUCUGAAAACAUGUGUAUAGAUUUGCAACUUGAUGAAAAACAGACUGCAGAUCAAAAUACAUUAGAUGGGAAUUGCAAAAUGCAAGAUGCCAAUCACGGUGAGCUAUAUUACAUGAAAAAUUAUGAUAAACCAGUACAGUUGCCAUUAUUACAAAGUAACAAUAAUAGAAAUAUAUCAUCUGAUGCAAGUAUCAAAUGUUACUCCACAGAAGCAUAUAAAGUUUCAGAUUCUGAAACAGGAACAAGCAGUACCACUAACUCCUUUUCCUCAGAGCUGGAGUCUUUUUACACUUCAAUAUAUCAGGAUGAAAACAAUGUGAAAGCUAUUACUAAUAUUUUAAAACAAGCUAGUAGCACAUCUUUAAUUUCUGAGCUAGAGAUUCUAAGAGCAAAAUGUAGAAAGAUGUUGCCUGCAUUUGUUUCUGCUUUUGAGAAGGAACAAUGUGUUGAUUUCAACAGUGUAUUUGUUUCAAGAGAGAAUUUAGUUGAGAAGAAUAUGAAAAUGGCUGCUGUGCCAGUGAAGUUAAAAGUCAGCAGUCUGGACUCUUUUCUUGAACUUCAAAUAAUGAUAGAAACCACACAAUAUAUUGAGAACAAAAUAAACUUUUCAAAGAAAUGGCCAACAUUCAGAAGUUUCCUUUGGUAUGACCCAACAUUAUACAAUGAAUUACUAAAAGGGAGAGUAGGAUAUCAACAGCAGUCUUCACUGUUUGUUACAUUUCAGGAGAAACUUGGUCACGAUGGUUAUAGUGUGCUGAGAAAAUAUCAUUCAGAAUUAUUUGGUUCACUGAAAGCAAAAAGUGCUGAAGUUAGUUCUUACUAUGUGUAUCUGAAGGAAAGACGGAUCAGAGAGGAAUGCAAAGCUGUAAUGCAACACUAUUCUGAUUGUGAUAGUUUCUUUCUGUCACUACCACUUUCUUGUGGAGUCAAUUUUGGAGACUCUAUUGAAGAUCUGGAAAACUGUCAAGAGAAUAUUAUGUCAUUGAUUGUAUCCUAUUCAGACAGACUGUGUGAAGAUCAUGAUUUUGCAAAGCUUGAACAUCUGUACAGCAUUCUUAGCAUACUAGGUGGAAAAAUCAACUUUUUAAAAAACAACCAAACGAGUAGUCAUCAUAUUUCCUGGUUUGGGCUAGAACACAUUACUUUUGAUGCUGCAAAAGAAAUUGCAUGGAAGGAGUACCAGCAGAAUGGAAAAUUAAGUUUGAGUGCAUCUUUAAAUCUAUACCAAAAAAAUGCAAAAAAAAUAUCUAAAGUUUGUGAGGAAGCUAUAAAACAAAUGCAUGAAUUCUUUGAUGAAGUAAAUGUUCCUGAGCAGCUUUCCACUGGCACAAUUCCUGCUGAUGAGGACAGCAAGUCAAAAAAUCAUUGUGAUGGCAACGCAGAAAUUAAACCUACAAAUAAGAGAAAGUUUAUGGGGUUUGAAUUGCUGAACGCACCUCCUGAAAAAAAAAGAAUCCAGUCAGUAAACUGCAGUGAGGACGCAAGAACUGCUUUAGAUUUGAAUGCUGGGAAUAGACCAGAUCAGGAGGAUUCAGUCAAUUCAACAAUAGUGAAAGAAGCAGAACAGUGUUCCUUAGAUCUAGUUACCCCUUCUGCUAAGGCCUGUAUGGAUCUACAAAAUGUAGAAUCUGUAAUGUGCAAGUCUAGAAUUUUGGAAGAAGACGGGUCUUGUCCAACUGCUGAGAAAACCAAUCCAGACAAUGUUGAAGAAAAAACUCUAAACAGUGCUUCUGAUUACAAUUGUGGAGACCCAGCUUUCAAGAUCACACCUGCAUUAAAUGUGCCUUCAACAAGCCAAAGUAAAGAUGAAACAUUUCCUACAGUUGAUAAAAUACACCCAAAAGGUAGAAGCAUUCCAAUAGUUAAUCAAUCAAGGCAGCAUCCCUUUCCAUUAUAUGGAUCAAAAGAUAGUUAUUCUUACCAAAGAAAACUGGGCUCUGAAGCCCAUUUUUCUCAGUCUACUAAUAUGUCCGUCAAAAAUUACCUCAGUUCAGGAAUGAUUUAUGGGACUUCCUCCUCUGACCAAAGUAGUAACUGGCAGCUUUCAACAGUUAAACCUGUUGCACAUUUUUGGCCAUCGCAUGAACAGCAAACUGAACAAAAACAUCAGAAUCAUAAUGAAAUCCUUAUACAUGAAAACAAGCAGUUGUCACCUUCUGAAGGAUUUCCUCCACAUUUAAUCAAUAUAAACCAUUUUUGUCCUCCUCAGCUGUGGAACCAAAAUAACUCUUUUUAUGGGAGCAAUUCAUAUUUCCUGUAUUCUGGAUAUGCCCUCCCUACAGCGAGUUUUGGAGCGAACAAUCAACAGAGUCCAACAAUGAUGAAUUAUACACCAUAUUUUUAUCCAUAGUUAGCAAAAACAAGACUCUGCCCUCUAGUCCCUUAGAAGCUGGCUUUUCGAAUACUACUGAGGAUUUUCAAAUGCCACAUAAAUUUGUUGAAGUGAUCGUGUAUUGCUGGUUUAGUUCUGAAAAAUGGUGAUUCUUUUUGUAAUUAGCAUUUGUUACCAUUUUAAAUAUAGUAAUAAAAUAUAUUUUGCAAUACUGCAAUCAAAAGGAAAUGAUUGAUUAUGUCUUGUUCUUGAGAUAUUUUUCUAAUUAGUUCUGCUGGAUAUGCUUUAUAGCAGUGUUGCAUUCCAGGAACAAAUGUGUUCAUCUGGUUCAAGGAAAAUCUUUUGUAUUAAAGCAUUGCUUUUAAAACUUGUUUCAAUAGUAUUCCUGAAAUCACUGUUCAUGGUGAAAUACGUACAGUACAUGCUGUAUAAUUGUGCAAGUAUAUCUCGUGUCUGUUUAUAUAACUUUUACAUUAAUACUGUGUUGUGUCUUCAUAGAAAUUUUAAAUUAAAAAAUAAAAGGUUUGUAAAGUUGUUAUACUACAUUAAUACAAAUUAUUACAUGUACCUUUAUGUUUUCCCUUCUUAAAUACUUUCAUCUACCACAGGCUCAAAAACACAUUCCCAAAAUAAGUGAAGUACUUAUUUGCAGGUAUUAAUUUUAGCAGCUCAUAGCCUAAUCAUAAUCACAUACUUUAAUCCUGCCCUUCUUUAAGACAUUUAAAAGAACUCUGUUUAGUCUGUCUUUAAUCUGAAGUUUACUUUUUCAGUUUCUUGUGUGAACCAAGUAUUGUGUCUGCAGUUUUAUCUGUUUUAAUCAAUAGCCACCAGCGUUUUUUUACUAAGAAUUGUAAUUUAGUCAUUAGUGAGUGUAGCUACUGGAUUUUGUGCAUGCUUAAAAAUAGUGACACAUUUGUAAUGGUUAUUUAACUAUCUGGUGAAAAGUGUAUUGAUGGAUAUGUAGUCUUGACUAUUUCAGUAUUGCAACAUGUUAAUCAAAUGUUAGACAUGUUCCUGUAAAUUGAUAUAUUUUCAGUGAUGUGUUAAUAUGUUUUCACUUUUCAUAAGUUUGAACUGUUCACUUUUAUAUUAAUAAACUUUGAUGUGUCUAUAAUUA